CGCUUCCUUUUCGCACACCGUGUUCAUUGUUCAAGUGCUGUUACGCAAAAGAAGAAGGCAAAAUAACAACAACAGCAAAAAAAAAACACACACACAUCACAGAUUGCAUCGGAACCGUACCAUCGAUCGCAAUUUGUCGAGUUAAAACACAACCAAAUCGCAGGUGGUUCGAAACCGGCGCAAACUGGAGUGGAAAUAAACGUCAACGAAAAACCGAUGCUGCCGAACGGUGAGCAAGAGCAAAUGAUCCUUCCUCAAUGAGAGCAGUUCCCGGAGCCGAGCAACUGAAGCAGGAGUUAUCACCAUGAGGACCCUCGAUCGACCCGCAGCCAGCCUGCUGUGGUCAACAUGCCUGUUGGCCUUGCACUUUACGAUACCAGCCACCGAUGCCGCCGAAUCCAGUUUGAUGAGCCACGUCGAAAAGCAGCGCUACGACGGAUGGUACAACAAUCUGGCCCAUCCGGACUGGGGCGCAGUCGAUAAUCACUUGACUAGGAAAGCCCCGUCGGCGUACUCGGACGGUGUAUAUGUGUUGGCCGGUGCCAAUAGGCCCUCGCCUCGCAAGCUCAGCAGACUGUUCAUGCGUGGCACAGAUGGUCUACCAUCGAUGGAAAACCGUACCGCUCUGCUGGCCUUCUUCGGUCAGGUGGUAACGAACGAGAUAGUGAUGGCGUCCGAAUCGGGCUGCCCGAUCGAGAUGCACCGUAUCGAGAUCGAGAAGUGUGACGAGAUGUACGAUCGGGAGUGCCGCGGUGAUCGAUACAUCCCGUUCCACCGGGCGGCCUACGACCGCAAUACGGGCCAGAGUCCUAAUGCGCCCCGCGAGCAAAUCAACCAGAUGACGGCAUGGAUCGAUGGAAGUUUCAUCUACAGCACGUCCGAGGCAUGGUUGAAUGCGAUGCGAUCGUUCCAGGACGGUGCACUGCUGACAGACAAGCAGGGUACGAUGCCGGUGAAGAAUACGAUGCGGGUCCCAUUGUUCAAUAAUCCCGUGCCGCAUGUGAUGCGAAUGCUCAGUCCGGAACGACUAUACUUACUGGGUGAUCCUAGAACAAAUCAAAAUCCAGCUCUACUCUCGUUCGCCAUUCUUUUCCUGCGUUGGCAUAAUGUGGUGGCCAAGCGAGUUCGGCGACAACAUCGGGACUGGAGUGAUGAAGAGAUUUUCCAACGGGCGCGCCGCGUCGUAAUCGCUAGUCUGCAAAACGUUAUCGCCUAUGAGUAUUUGCCAGCCUUCCUGGACAAGGAGAUAACACCGUACGAUGGCUAUAAGGCCGAUACUCAUCCAGGCGUAAGCCAUAUGUUCCAGGCCGCUGCAUUCCGAUUUGGACAUUCUUUGAUUCCACCCGGACUCUUUCGACGCGAUGGUCAAUGUAACUUCCGGCGCACUAAUAUGGACUUUCCGGCUCUGAGGCUUUGUUCUACGUGGUGGAAUUCUAACGACGUGCUAGACAACACGCCGGUGGAAGAGUUCAUUAUGGGCAUGGCAUCGCAGAUUGCCGAAAAGGAGGAUCCGCUGCUGUGCUCAGACGUGCGCGAUAAGUUGUUUGGUCCGAUGGAAUUUACACGGCGAGAUCUUGGUGCUCUGAAUAUUAUGCGCGGUCGUGACAAUGGGCUUCCCGAUUAUAACACGGCACGUGCAGCUUACCGGCUGCCCAAGAAGAAAAAUUGGCGAGACAUCAACCCACAGGUGUUUGAACAGCAGCCCGAACUGUUGGAGCUGUUGAUCAAAACUUACGAUAAUCAGCUGGACAACGUGGACGUCUAUGUUGGUGGCAUGUUGGAGUCCGAUGGAAGACCCGGUGAACUGUUCUCAGCUGUCAUAAUCGAUCAGUUUACCAGAAUUCGUGAUGCCGAUCGGUUCUGGUUCGAAAAUGAAGAUAAUGGCAUAUUCACCAAGGAAGAAAUAGCCGAAAUACGCAAGUUCACGCUUUGGGACAUCAUCGUGAACAGCACGGACAUUGAAGGAGAUGAAAUUCAGCGUGAUGUUUUCCAUUGGAAACAAGGUGAUCCCUGUCCGCAGCCGGAGCAACUAAACGCUACGUUAUUGGAACCCUGCAACUACCUCGAAGGAUACGAUUAUUUCUCCGGUUCGGAGCUAGCGUACAUCUACUCUUGUGUCUUUCUGGGUUUCGUACCCAUUCUAUGUGCCGGCGCCGGAUACUGCGUGAUCAAGCUCCAGAACAGUCGACGACGUAAACUAAAAAUUAAACAAGAAGCCAUGAAAAACACUGCCAACAGUAAAGUGUCCGUGGAGAAAAUGGUAGCUCGCGAGUGGUUACAUGCAAACCACAAACGGCUGGUCACGGUAAAGUUCGGACCGGAAGCGGCCAUCUACACCGUCGAUCGCAAGGGAGAGAAACUACGUACCUUCAACCUGAAGCACGUCGAUGUGGUGACGGUGGAACAAUCGCAAGAAAAUUAUAAAGCCAAGAAACCCUACAUUCUGCUCCGCGUGCCAAACGACCACGAUCUGGUGCUGGAACUCGAAUCAAACUCCGCCCGUCGGAAGUUUGUGAAAAAGUUGGAAGAUUUUCUUGUGCUGCACAAAAAAGCUAUGAACUUUGUGGAAUCGAACCGUGAUUUGAUGCUGGCCAAGGCCGAAACACGUGAGCGUCGUCAAAAGCGACUGGAGCACUUCUUCCGCGAGGCUUACGCACUGACGUUCGGUUUGCGGCCAGGAGAGCGACGCCGCCGUUCGGAUGCAUCGCUGGACGGUGAGGUUAUGACGGUGAUGCGUACCAGUUUGUCGAAGUCGGAGUUUGCAGCAGCGCUUGGGAUGAAACCCGACGAUAUGUUCGUCCGGAAGAUGUUCAAUAUCGUCGAUAAGGACAAAGAUGGAAGAAUAUCCUUCCAGGAAUUCUUGGAAACCGUAGUGCUGUUUUCGCGGGGAAAGACUGAUGAUAAGCUGAGGAUCAUUUUCGAUAUGUGUGACAACGAUCGAAACGGGGUGAUCGAUAAAGGAGAACUAAGUGAAAUGAUGCGUUCCUUGGUGGAGAUCGCCCGAACCACGAGCGUUACCGAUGAUCAAGUUAACGAACUGAUCGACGGCAUGUUCCAGGAUGUUGGUCUAGAGCACAAGAAUCAUCUAACGUAUGAAGAUUUCAAGCUUAUGAUGAAGGAGUACAAGGGAGACUUUGUUGCGAUUGGAUUGGACUGCAAAGGUGCUAAACAGAACUUCCUCGAUACAUCUACCAAUGUGGCUCGUAUGACCUCGUUCCACAUUGAACCGAUUUCGGAUUCACGACGUCACUGGAUGCAAGAAAAGUGGGACUGCUACACGACCUUUCUUGAGGAGAAUCGUCAAAACAUCUUCUACCUGUUCCUGUUCUACGUGAUCACCAUCGUAUUGUUUGUGGAGCGAUUCAUUCAUUACUCAUUUAUGGCGGAACACACCGAUCUGCGGCAUAUCAUGGGAGUUGGAAUUGCUAUAACACGAGGAUCUGCUGCUUCAUUGUCAUUUUGUUACUCUCUGUUAUUGCUCACGAUGUCGAGAAAUCUACUCACAAAGCUCAAGGAGUUCCCGAUCCAGCAGUACAUCCCGCUGGAUUCGCAUAUUCAAUUCCACAAAAUCGCUGCCUGUACUGCGCUGUUCUUUUCGCUCUUGCACACGGUGGGCCACAUCGUGAACUUCUACCACGUUUCCACACAAUCGAUCGAGAAUCUCAAAUGUCUCACGAAAGAGGUCCACUUCACGUCCGACUAUCGACCCGAUAUAACGUACUGGCUGUUUCAGACCGUUACUGGCGUUACCGGAGUAAUGCUGUUCGUUACGAUGUGCAUCAUAUUUGCCUUCGCUCAUCCAACCAUUCGCAAGAAGGCGUACAAGUUUUUCUGGAACGCACAUUCGCUGUACGUGGUGCUGUACGCAUUGUGUCUAGUGCACGGACUUGCACGUUUGACCGGUGCCCCUAGGUUCUGGUUGUUCUUUAUUGGGCCCGGCAUUGUGUACACGCUGGAUAAGAUCGUCUCGCUUCGCACGAAGUACAUGGCGCUGGAUGUUAUUGAAACCGAUCUAUUACCUUCGGACGUAAUCAAGAUUAGGUUCUACCGUCCGCCGAAUCUGAAGUAUCUUUCCGGCCAGUGGGUACGGCUAUCAUGCACAGAAAUAAAGCCCGAGGAAAUGCACAGCUUCACGCUCACAUCGGCACCGCACGAGAACUUCCUCAGCUGUCACAUCAAAGCGCAAGGCCCGUGGACAUGGAAGCUGCGCAACUACUUCGACCCGUGCAAUUACAACCCGGAUGAUCAGCCGAAGAUACGCAUCGAGGGACCGUUCGGCGGGGGCAAUCAGGAUUGGUACAAGUUCGAGGUCGCUGUGAUGGUCGGUGGCGGCAUCGGUGUGACGCCAUACGCUUCGAUUCUAAACGAUCUGGUAUUUGGUACCAGCACCAACCGGUACUCGGGAGUCGCCUGUAAGAAAGUGUACUUCCUGUGGAUCUGCCCGUCGCACAAGCACUUUGAAUGGUUUAUCGAUGUGUUGCGUGAUGUGGAGAAAAAGGAUGUUACGAACGUGCUGGAGAUCCACAUUUUCAUCACACAAUUCUUCCACAAGUUCGAUCUUCGAACUACCAUGCUGUACAUCUGCGAAAACCACUUCCAGCGUCUCUCGAAAACGUCCAUGUUCACCGGGCUUAAAGCGGUGAAUCACUUCGGACGUCCCGAUAUGUCGAGUUUUCUCAAAUUCGUACAAAAGAAACAUUCUUACGUUUCCAAGAUCGGAGUCUUCUCCUGUGGACCGCGGCCACUCACAAAGAGUGUUAUGUCGGCGUGCGAUGAAGUAAACAAGAGCCGCAAAUGGCCAUACUUCAUACAUCAUUUCGAAAACUUUGGCUAAGCGGUGCAAGAAGAAAAGUCCUCCCCGCACCGUCAUCGUUCCGUUCUCAUUCCAAUAGCAAUAAGCUAUCGUUUAACCAUCACUCACGUAUGCAUUCUCUUAUCGAUCAAAGAGGAGAUUCAUUUGCUCAUUGUAAUUUCGGAACCGAUAAGUGGUUUGUCGAUUAUUUUUAUAUUCUAGUUUUGAGUGUUUGUCUGCGUUUAUGAUUGUAUGUGAAGCUUUCGGUGGGCUGCAAAGAACAGUUACAGUAUUUACAAUAUUCCCGUUUGAUUACUGCCCCGCCAUCAAACGAAUCCGUGUUGUUCAUUUUAAUGUUAGCUGUGUAACGUCCCCUGAUCACUGCUUAAAUAAGCCUUUAAUUUAUUCCACUUCCCAAUGUCUUCCAAGCAUGAAACACAAAACAUAACCACGUGCAACUAUUCAAAUGUCUAUCCGGCUCACCGACAGCAGAAGUGUUGUCCACUAGAAGUUCCACAAACAUGUUAGUAAUAGGUAUCUCUACAAGCGUAUGCUGCAAACAGAUCGCAAUACAAGCAAUAUUCACACGGAUAACUACCAUUUCAUGAUGCGUGAUAUUACAUAUACGAAUAAUCGCAACUAUUGCUAGCAUAAGAAAAAGAUUGGGCUAGAUUCGGCUUCGGUUUCGCAGGUGGCUUCUACCAGUAACUGUUUCGAUAAGCGCAACGUUCUUACGCUGGUUUACGUUCAUUCUCACCAACUGCCAGAAAAUGUACCUUUUGCGUGUUUGUGCAGCUUGUCAAGUACAGUGUAGCCGUUUGGUGUUUAUGCCGUUUUAUUUUCAUCGAUAUGUAUGUUGCUCUUGCUCAAGCUCUUUUACGCUGGCCUUUACGGAGUAAGUCAUUGCCGUUCGUGGCGAAUAAGUUAGCAAACAAUGUAAAUAUGCAUUAAAAUCGUUGCUGUAUUUAUUAUACUGUGUACACUACCAAUAAAUAUAAGCAUCCCAACAAUA